GCUAUAGGGACUUUGAGGCCGGCUGUAUUAUAGAGGGUGGCCUGCUAGCACAGGUCUAUAAUGGAGACUUUGAGGUUGGCUGUAUAUUUAAGUGAGCAUUUCGUUUGAGCUAGUAACACGAACGGUGGACAAAAAUUCACCCACCUUAUAUUUAUAUCCACCCACCUACUCCCCCCCCACACACACACACACACAAGAGUACAAUAUUCCACUUGAGACUCUCUUGUUUUCCCACUGUAGGUAUAUAUGAGAGCUAAACUGGAUGUCUGUCCUUUCAAAGAGCUGGAGGAUUUCAAGAGCUGCUCACUAGAGAACUGUGUAGUUACUAGUUACCUAGGUCACCACCAUUAAUGUGCUAUUGUUUAUAGUGUGGUGGCUGUGAAUCAUUAUCAACACCCACUCAAAUAAUUAUAAUUAUGUAUCUAAAAAUAGAUCAGUUUAAUUAGUAGGGGAAGGCCCCAGAAAGAGGGUGCGGCACUUUGCUUUGUUAUGUUUACUGAGAAAUUAAAUAAGAUCAUUAAGAGGCGAGUGUUGAACAAAACUUCGAUGGCUACUGGAGAAGACUCAGGGUUAGUGCCGUGGAUUCGCAAGAAACUCGGUUUCAAGACCCCAGAGAGAAGAACGUGAGCAAAGUACAGAUUAGCUUGCAAUUAAUUUUAACAGGCUAUUAUUAUAGCUAAUCAUUGUCAGGGCCCUCUGGCUCCAAUUUCCCCCCCCCCCCUAAAAUUUGCAUUCAGGUACUAGUUGUAUGACUGAGUGACCAUAGCUGGCAGUGUUACAUACUAAAACAGGGUAUUGAAAUAACAGUUGACCUUUUUCAGACAAAUUAAUGUUCUGGUUACUUUUCAAAAGCACGCCUUAUUUCCCCCUCUAUACUAAAUCCUUAAUGACACCACCUGAUUGUUGUAGUGUGGAGCUUAUAAAUGCUAACAAGAGCUUAUUAAUGUACAUAGUAUACGUACAUGGACACACAUACACACACACACACACACACACAUGCACACCCACACACACAUGCACAUACACACACACACACACACCCACACACAUGCACACAGGAGGCUGGACACUGUGCCAGAUACACCCAGGUAAGGUGAAUUGCAUGUCCCACACACACACCCACCCACACACACACACCUACACACAUCACACAGGAGACUGGAAACUGAACCAGAUACACUCAGGUAAGCAAUUUGUUGAAUUGCAUGUCCCACACACACCCACACACACACCCACACACACAUGCACACACACCCACACACACACACCUACACACAUCACACAGGAGACUGGAAACUGAACCAGAUACACCCAGGAGACUGGAAACUGAACCAGAUACACCCACUGUUCAGGAGCAGCUGGCCAGGGAUCUGUGGAAGGCUGCAGUCUCUAAGGAUGUCAGCAAAGUGAGGUCCGUUUUGAGACAGGGGGCCAACCCCAAUCACCAGCUCUACUGGAGUGAGGAGUGGAGGGACAAUUAUAGUAUCCCUCCAGUACACCUAGCAUGCUCGAGGGGCUCCCUGGAGAUCACUAGAGCACUCGUUAGUGGUGGAGCUGAUAUAGAGAAAGGUGAUGGACGAUAUGGCACGACUGCAUUUCACUAUGCGUGUUGGGGAGGACAUAUGGAGACUGUGGUGUGUCUCUCACAAGAGAUGAAAUGUCAUAUUGAUGCGAGGGACAAGGGGAACCAAACACCACUACACUGGGCUUGUAGGAGAGGACAUAUACAAGUUGUAAAAUACCUUGUGGAGGUACUCAAGGUUGAUGUUGAUGUGACUACUAAUGUUGGCAAGACUCCUCUUGACUGGGCAGUAGGGUUUGGUUACACUGAAGUUGUUGAAUGUCUCCAGUCUAUACAGCCCUCCACUCCUAAACCAGAUACUCCAAAUGGUUCCGAACAACUUCUUUCUAAUUCAAUUGUUGACAAGACCUCAUCAAUGACCUCUGACCCUCUCUCUGGUCAACAGACACCCAGUGCUGGAACCAGAAACAACUGGUAG